AUGGCCUUGGUUAUUGGCCUCGUUGCAGCAGCUGCCCGAGCCCUGGCUAGCGAUCAUAACGGCAACCCGGGCUACAACAACGGCUACAAUAGAAAUGGCUACAACAAUGGUUACAACAAUGGCUACGCCAACAACAACUACAACUACAACAGCAACGGCCCCGCUCCUUAUGCCCCAUAUGCCACAUAUGGUACAGGAAGGAGGAGUGGUUGCCGUGCAACACGCCGCAUGGAACGAAGAAUGCGCAAGGCAGAGCGCAAGGCCAUGGAGGCCGACAUGGUCAUGUCCUUUAUGAACUCUGGCUCGCGCUCUCGUGCAGCAGUGCCGCCGCCGCCGCCCCCCCAGCCCGCCAGCGGAGGCGUAUCUUACAUGAAUUACGGCGAGGGCCCCGCGCCAAGAGGCGUAUAUUCCUCCGAGGCGCAGGGGGUCGUGUCCGGCUCUUAUAGGGACCGCAUGCCUGCGGGAGCGCCCGAGGGCUACCGAUGGAGGGACGAGCAGAGUCGCGAUCGGCCAGUGGGUCGAAGAGAUGUGGGAAGCUCGAGUGCGAGCUCAUCGACGGAUGGCUUGCCAUCGUAUGAACAGGCCGUUCAGAAGCCGCGCAAAUCAUGA